UGAUUUAUCCUGAAAAAUGCUCCAUGUGUACUUGAAAAAAAAAAAUGUGUAUACUGAUAUUUUGGGAUGGAAUAUUCUGUAUAUAUCUGUUAUGCCCAUCUGGUCUAAUAUGUGGUUCAAAUAACGGUUUCCUUAUUGAUUUUCUGUCUGGAUGAUCUAUCCAUUGAUGUAAGUAGUGUGUUAAUGUCCCAUACUAUUAUCGUAUUACUGUCACUUUGUCCCUUAUGUCUGUUAAUAUUUGUUUUAUGUAUUAAAGUGUGCCUAUGUUGGGUUCAUAGAUAUUUACAAUUGUUAUAUUCUCUUGUUGGAUUGAUCCCUUUAUCAUUGUGUGAUGCCCUUCUUUGCCUCUUGCUACAGUCUUUGUUUUAAAGUCUGUUUUGGAGCUUGGGCAGCAGCAGUAGUGGCAACAGUGAAGCAGCCCAGCUUCAUGAAGGCUCUUGUUUCACCAUGGCACAUAGGCACCUGGUACAAACGUGCCCCACUUCCAUGAAGCCCAAAAGUAAGGUCAGUUCUGCCAAGGAAGUGGUGAAGGAGGAGCCUAAGGGGAGGUCAGCAAGGUUGUUAGUUAAAUCUGCUCCUGCAAAAGUGGAAAUGAAGCCAAAAAAGGUAACAGGAAAGGAUAACUCCUCAAACAAAAAAGUGCAAACAAAAGGGAAAAGGGGAGCAAAUGCUGGAGGAAAAUAGGCUGGAGUGGCUAACCAGGAAACAAAAGAAGACUUACUUGCAGAAAACGGAGAAACUAAAAAUGAGGAGAGUCCAGCCUCUGGUGAAGCAGGAAAGAAAGAAGCCACGUUUGAUUAAUAUCAAAUAACAUGUCUUAUCAGUGGUCACUGUCUUCCUUCUUGUACAAUCCACAGGAAUAUUUUUAUCAACUAUUUUGUAAAUGCAAGUUUUUUAGUAGCUCUAGAAACAUUUUUAAGAAGGAGAGAAUCCCACCUCAUCCCAUUUUUUAAGUGUAAAAGCUUUUAUUAAGAGGUGAAAUCAUUUGCUUGUUGUUUAUUUUUAGGUACAACCAGAAAAUAGUGGGGUAUUGAAUAUGGGAGGCUUUGACUAUCUUGGGUGUCAGAUAAACAUUCCAUAGAU